AUUCAUUUCAGUGUGCUCUCCCCCAUUCGCUAGGGGCUCUAUCUAAACGGGAUCUCUCAUGGACACGUUACUGGGGGCCUUGCAAUAAUAAAGUGGCAGUAACGAAAGCAAAUCUGUUUCAACAUGAAAUCCCGUCCAGAAAAACCUGAUCUUACAGAGGAGGAAAGUAUAUAAAGGAUGCGUUUAGAAAACAUAGUCAGACACUGGAGGAGUCAUCUGCUACAGCACACGAUGAGGAGCUGGGGGCUGUCUCUGCUCUUACUCUCUGCAGUCACAUUGGACAGCUGUCUCUCUCAGGCUCCAGAAUUGGAUAUCCAGGAUGAAACGCGGAUAUUAGAGGUAGUGAAACGCUUCAACCUACAGAACGAUGUGGACUAUUUAUAUAAACCUGAGGAAGGAAUUAACCCUGAGGACGAGCGGAAUCCCCGGAAACUGAAAUGUACAAUAAAAGAGACGGUCUGCCCCAGACAUGCAAAAAGAGAUUUACUAAAAUGUGAUCAUCAAAAACAGGGGAAGGUUCAGAAAUGCACCAUCGUGUUGGCUGAGACAGACGCAGACGCAGAUGAGAUAACGUGCCAGCCUAUGACCUUCGCUGGAGGCCACAGCGUGAUAUCCGGUUUUCGGCCACAUAAAGAUGAAUAUUGAUGAGCGCCCCCUGUGUUGUAUAACAAUAUCUAUUUAUAUGAUGUGUUUUAUAAGCCAAACAUGAGUCAUCCAUAAAUAAACCAAUAAAAUGAAAGUUCUUCUCUGUUU